CUUUGACAUUCGGUGAAGAUGAGAGACUGCCCUGGUGAUCUAUACCUUCCAGGUAUAUAGAUGCCAAGGUAAUUGCGACAUCUUGCCCCGUUUAUAUGGCCAAGAAGUCGGUACCAAACGGAGCGUCCAGUGAAGUUUGGCAAAUUGCCAAGCAAGUGUGCUCUAUGUGAUGGCUACUACGGUCCACAUUUCGAUAGCGAGGAGCGCUGACGAGAGCAAUGAGAGGAAUUCAAAUCGUCAUGUGCUCGCAUUGACUCUGCGAAGCGAGUCAAGAGGCGUCUAUAUAAAGCCACCCAUUCCUCCUCUUUUUCGGUCAACAACAUCGCCCAGACCAGCAACACCUCUCCACUAGAAUCAUUUCUUAAGAUGCACUUCUCCAAGCUCAUUUUUACUCUCCUCGUGGCGGGCACAGCAGUUGCCCAUCCUGGCCCACACGACAUCCUUCCCCGUGCAGAGAUUCAGCGGCGCAGUGAAAUGGCCAAGCGAUGCGCCAGCCAUAUUGGAAGCUUUAAUCAGCGCCGCAUGGCUAAGCGAGCAAUGCAGAAGCGUUGGGAGGGAUCCGGCCACAAUACUACGUUCGAGAUAGUCACCGAGGCUCCCUACUACGAGACUAUCCAGAACAACACUUGCGUGCUCACACCAGAGGUCACCCGCGGUCCCUAUGUCUGGCCUCGCUCCCAGACCCUUCGUCAAGACAUGGCCGAAGACCAGCCAGGUGUGCCCCUCUGGCUCGACAUAGGAGUUCUGGACAUGGCCACAUGUGAUCCGUUGCCUAACGCCCUCCUCGACUUGUGGCACUGCAACGCAACGGGCUCCUACUCCUCAUUCACGGGUCUCUCCCCCAACACCCCCUUCGCAACACUCCUCUCUGAGUUCAAUGUUACCGAUUAUGACAUGGGUGUCACGGACCUGCACACGGACGAUACCACCUGGCUGCGUGGUAUGUGGCCGACGAACGAGGACGGCGUUAUGGAGAUGAAGACUAUAUUCCCAGGCUUCUACGUUGAACGUGCCAUCCACAUCCACGCCCAAGUCCAUACCGACUGGACUGUUCGUGAAAAUGGUACCAUCAUCGCCAGUAACGCCGUCAGCACUGGCCAGCUGUACUUUGAGGAGGAGCUUGAACAGAAGAUUAUGAGUAUGGAGCCUUAUGCGUCUCAUACGCAGAUCAACCGGACCACGAAUGCUGAAGACACGGUAUUCCCUGAGGAUCUUGAGGGUGGAUAUAACCCGGUUGUGUCUGUUGUUCCUGUGGAUGAGGACGAUCUGCCCAAGGGUUUGAUCGGAUAUAUCACUAUUGGUGUGGACACGACGGCAAUUGAGACGUUCAGUAAAUAG